AUGUGUUACAAUUCCUCACUUCUACCUAACACAUUCAGUGACCUGACUAAUCUUGAGGAAUUGUCCAUUGAGAACUAUAGGCUUUCUGUGAAGGCACUGGACGCAUUAGGAGGGAUACCUCUUCUGAAGAAAUUCACAGUCGAUAGUUGUACACAGGAACUCUCUGAUUUGCAAUGUAGGAUAGUCAAUAUGUCACAGUCAUUGACGACCCUGGACUUUACUUCAGAUGGGAUAGUCAUUUUGAGGCACCCAAACUGCUCUGACACCAACGGAGCUGUUCUUGAGCUUCCUUAUUUCUACCGUCUUCAAGAGGUGUUUCUUAACUUCCCUAAUGCCCACCGUUUAGAAAAAAGAGCAUUCAAAUGCUUUGAAAAAAUCUCAUCUCUUUUUUUGCCUGACAAUGAUGAGCUACAGACUUCUGAAGUCUGGUAUCAGCAGACUGCGUCAUUUUGUGUUCAACAAGAACAUUUCUUUUGAAUCCAUUUGUGAGACUGUAUUCAAACUAUCAAUCAGACAAGUUGAUAUAAGUAACCAUAAAACUGAGAACUACUCAGAGUCUGCAAUAAGAAACUGUCAGGGGAUCGAGGUGCUCAGACUCAGCAUCUGUCAUAGUGAUAAUGUUAGAGUCAACUUUAUCCAUUGUUUGAAGAAUCUCACUGAUGUGUCAGUGUCAAGAUUCUGGGACGUUAAACCUGAGCUCAUUGAGCUUUGUGACACUCAUAAGGGCCCAAUCACAUGGCCCUGAGUGUCGCAGUGGUCUAAGGCACUGCAUCGCAGUGCUAACUGUGCCACUAGAGAUCCUGGUUCGAAUCCAGGCUCUGUCGCCGCCGGCCGCGACCGGGAGACUCAUGGGCGCCGCACAAUUGGCCCAGCGUCGUCCAGGGUAGGGGAGGGAAUGGCCGGCAGGGAUGUAGCUCAGUUGAUAGAGCAUGGCGUUUGCAACGCCAGGGUUGUGGGUUUGAUUCCCACGGGGGGCCAGUAUAAAAAAAAUAUGUAUUCACUAACCGUAAGUCGCUCUGGAUAAGAGCGUCUGCUAAAUGACUAAAAUGUAAAUGUAAAAUGAAGAGACUUUAAUUGACCCUGCACAUGCCAAGUAUCACCUCAAAGCAGUCCAGUUGCUUGAAAAAUCUGGAACAUCUGGAACUAGAAUCCAGUGACAUUACCAAUAUUUCUGACUUUACAUUUAAGGGACUUGGUAAAUUGAGGUUCCUAAAUUGAAGGGGUAACAAUAUCUCUCAGAUUACAAAUAACAGUUUUUUUGACCUGCACAACUUAGAGAACUAAACCCACUUGUACACAUUGAAGCUUUUGCGUUCAUUCACCUCACUUCACUGAAGAAUGUAGAUUUAGGGGACAUUCACCAUCCAGCUAGCCAGUGGAAGAAGCGUGUGACUUUAAAUCUGACGCACGUAUUUGGGGUCUUCCCUCCGGAAUUGAUGUACAUGAACAUUACCUCCUUUUCGAUUGUAUCAACAUCAUCAUCGGCAGCAACAGCACCCCUAAACCAGGCUUGGCCCUUCUGGUCUGUGCCCAAAAUGUGUCUUUCCAGGACUGCUGGAGGCCGUUCUUCAAGUCCGUCGUCAGCCUCACAGCCAUGACGGAGCACCUCAUGUGUGGAUCUCACUUCGCUGCAAAGUACUUCCCCUCCCUGGAGUAUUUGGACUUCCAGUCCAUGCUCUAUGCAGAGUUUGUAGAUAUGACUGACCUGAACACACUUGUGGAGCUGAGGUAUCUUAAGCUGAUGAGAGUUGACCUCAUCCUGCAACCAGGGCUGGCCAUCAUGUUCCGCAACCUGACCAGACUAGAGAGCCUGAACCUCAUCUCCUGUAGGAUCCUCACUCUGGAGGAGGAGCUGAGCAGAGACCUGCACUCCCUCGGGCAGCUGUCAAUCAAAGUUGAAGAGGAGUUCAGUAUGUUAGAGAGCUUCACAGAGCCCCUGACCAGCCUAAGUUACCUGUUGUUCUACAGACCUCGUCUGCACUGCAGCUGUGAAGACACCUGGCUGGACACCUGGGCCAAGGGUCAGAGGCAUAUCCAGGUCAUCAUCUGGCACCCCGAUGAGGCUGAUCUGCACAGAUGAGACCGGCAUCCAAAACUUUGCCAGGUACUCAGAAGCCAACUGUUCCCUGGACGUUGGCUUUGUCCUGUUCCUCUGCACCUCCCUGGGCCUGCUCCUCUUCAUGCUGGUGGUGGUCCUCCAUCAGCUGGCUGGGGACCACAUCCUCCGUGGCUGGCUGGAGGAGGCUGUGCGGAGGCCCAACCCCAGGGGGCACCACUGCUAUGAUGCCUUUGUGUCGUACAGCGGUAGAGACGAGCGCUGGGUGAUGGAGCACCUGCUGCCGGGCCUAGAGUAGAGGGGGCCUCCCUUCCUGCGUCUCUGUCUGCAUAGCAGGGACUUCCAACUGGGGAAGGAUAUUGUGGACAAUAUCACAGACAGCCUCUACGGCAGCCGCCAGACCCUGUGUGUGGAGAGUCGUCACUACCUGCGCAGUAACUGGUGCUCCCUUGAGCUACGACUGGCCACCCUGCGUCUGCUGGUGGAGCACAGGGACAUCCUUAUCCUGGUCUUCCUGGAGGACAUCCCUCCUCGCCAGCUGUCUGCCCACCACCGCCUGGCCAGGCUU